CUUUCGUGCUCGCGGAGGUCAGAAUAACGCAUGCGUGGUGUGAUCGUGAACUCUGUGCUGUAUAAUAUCUGUGAGCAGCAGCUCGUGUGUUACUGUGACCGCACCAGCAGCAGCAGCAGCAGCAUGUGUUCCGCGCAGGACAGCGGCAGAGGAGGCGCGCGGCAGCCGGACUCGGGUUACAGGAGUCCCGGGCUCCGGGGCGUCAGGAGCACGUCGCUGUUCCGCGCUGUUAACCCGGAGCUCUUCAUCAAACCUAACAAGCCGGUGAUGGCGCUGGGUCUGCUGAGCCUCACGCUGUGUGUGGGGUACCUGGGCUACCUGCACGCGGUCAGAGACAACCAGCAGCAGCUGUACGAGGCCGUGGACAGCCAGGGAGAGAGACACAUGAGGAGGAAGAGCUCCAGAUGGGACUGACUGACCUCACCACACCAGAGAUCAUCAUCAUCAUCAUCAUCAGCGCUGCACUUCACCGGAUUGUGUUUUAGUGACUCAGGAAUCAUUUCUGUCUGUUUUCACUGAUGAACAUGAUCUGGUCAUGUCCUCUGGUUCAUGCAGCAUGGCUUUACACACGUCAGGUCGUUUAUUUAAUCUCAUAAUCCUCGUUAUACUGCACAAUUAUCCAUGAUUACCAACCAACACUUAGUUGCUACCGAUACAUACCGGUCUGAAUGAUGCGGCUGGGUUAAUAUGCAGCAGUAUGGCUUAUUAUGGCCAAGUUAAUUACAUUCACCUGAUAAAUGGGCUGUAUUUGUAAUCCAGUGAAUAUGCACUUGUUAGAGUAAAAGUCUAGAAUAACCAUAUUUAUGUAUUAGGGUCAAUGACAACUAAAUCUCUAAAA